AUGGCCUCUCUCAGUGAAGCAGGACUCCGUCGGGAGAUCCUCGAGAAAUUUGGAGACCGUCUGGAUGAAAAACUGGUCCCAGAAUGUGUCAAACUCUGCCAGAUAUACAACAUCAGUGGGGAGAAUUUGUGGUACAAAUGGGAAGCUCUGAAGUACAAGUCUUCGGGCCCUAAGCAUCUCAACUCGGAUGACGUACAACAGUUCACCAUGGACAGCAUCCAAGCCCUCAAGGAACAGGCGCAGAGUGAUCUCGCGAAGGCGAAGAAGCAGCAAGGGAAAGCGCAGCUUACAGGACCCUUGAAUAGGAACAUGUUGAAUGGUAUGAUGAGGCCGAACAUGCGGUCGCCGAUGGGACCGCCGAUCAGGACACCCGCGCGUCCCGCUGUCCGUAGACAAGACGGGUUCAGUAUGGCAGAAGGGAGGAAAAUACCCGUCGCAGUACCAAGCAAAGUUCGCUAUGUGGGACCUAGCAAUGAUGCCGAGUCCAGAAAGCAGCGUGCAUAUUGGUACAUGUACGAGAAAAUAUCCGAACGUAGUGAAGCUCUUGAUAACAGAAUCGACGACUUUGGUGAACUAGUCAAAGAGCACUAUGGCAUCGAGGAUCUGAGUGAUCCGUCAGCAGCGACUGAGGAAGAAGUCACAGCAGUCGGCCGGAUCGCCCUUGAUUCCGAAUCUUCUUCCGGAUCUGUAAAGUUAAAUGAGGCAUCUCUCACUCUGGAGUUGUCCCGUAUGAUGGGGUCUGGCGCCAGAGUACCGCUGCGGUUUGAUUCUAACGUCAAACUGCGUGGGGGUUCACAGGGCUCUGGGGGCGUCGGGCUCUUCCCAGGGGCGAUUGUUGCACUUCGAGGGAAGAACGGUGGUGGUGGGUGGUUCUCUGUUUCUGAGAUACUCUCGCUACCAGGGCUGAAGACGCCGCCUCGUAACAACAUGAAUGUUGACAGCGACUCUUCGUUCUCUGCGUUCGUUGCCUGCGGCCCGUUUAGCCCCGAUGCUGAUUUGAGUUUCAACCCGUGGCACAAACUGAUCUCAAAACUCAAGACAGAAAAACCUGCAGUCUCUAUUCUCGUCGGCCCCUUCAUAGACAAUGCUCAUCCCUUAGUGAAGAGCGGUGAUAUAGAUACAACACCUGCAGAACUGUUCCGACAAACAUUCACAGCAACUCUGCGUGAAUACCUCGACUCUGCACCCGGCGCUCUGGUCCUGAUCGUCCCGAGUGUACGCGACAUCAUCAGCGACCACGCAGUAUUUCCGCAAAGCGAGCUCGGGUUCGAGUUCUCCGGAGACCCGCGCAUGCACCUCUUGCCGAAUCCGUGUCUAUUCACGCUCAACGAUCUGUCCUUCGGUGUCAGCAGUGUGGACGUGAUCUUCCACCUUCGUAAAGAGGAGUUCUUUAAGCGUGCACAGGAGGUUGAAUCAAUCUCGUCUCAGGGAGAUACCACCCAGGCCGGUGAUCCCAUGACGAAUACAUGCAGACACCUUCUGCAACAAAGGAGUUUCUACCCAAUAUUCCCUGUUCCUUUCGACCUAUCACAUGAAGUGAACCUCGACAUCACACACUCCGAGGCCCUCAAGCUGGCUGGCCUCGACUCAGCAGCUUCCGCGCCCGACGUGCUCAUCACUCCUAGCAGAUUGAAACACUUCUCUAAGAUGGUCGAUUCUACCCUUUUCAUGAACCCAUCAUUCCUGACCAAGGGAAUGUUUGCGACUAUGUCGUACGCGGGCUCCGGUGACAAUGAUCUGCCCGAUAGGCUCAAAGCUGACAUAUUGAAGUUAGACGCUUGA